AUGGCCGACACCCAGCCUACGAGCGACUCGAACCCCAACAGGGGUCAUCGCAACCGUGGCCGAGGUCGCGGGGGAGGUGGCGGCGGAGGCGGGGGAGCAGGAGGAACCCGCGGCAAAGGCAGAGGAGGGCGUGGUAGAGGCGGCAGCAAUGCUGGUUCCGUACCUCAGCAGAAUGUCUCGAGCGCGCCUCCACCAUCGCACGCCAAACCGGACAACAAGGUGCUCACCCGCACCGUCACCGAGGCUGACGACACGGCCAGCAGCGACGGCGAAGUGUGCUUCAUCUGCGCCGAGCCCAUCAAGUUCCACUCCAUUGCGCCUUGUAAUCACAAGACUUGCCAUAUCUGCGGGUUACGUAUGAGGGCUUUAUACAAGACCAAGGACUGCCCCCACUGCCGAACACCCUCUCCCUUUGUUGUCUUCACGGAAGAUGCGAAUAAGCGAUACGAAGAAUACACCGACGCCGACAUUACGAGUUUCGAUAACAACAUUGGCAUUCGUUACACCAACGAAGAAAUUGUCGGCGAUACUGUUGUUCUACUUCGCUACAACUGCCCCGCAGAAGACUGCGUCUUUGCCGGCCUGGGCUGGCCAGACCUUCACAGGCAUGUCCGUUCAACCCAUCACAUGAAGAUGUGCGAUCUUUGCACGAGGAACAAGAAGGUGUUUACGCACGAGCAUGAGCUUUUCGCCGACAAGGAGCUCGAGAAGCACAUGAGGCACGGCGACGACAGGCCCGGCGCGAUAGACCAGACCGGCUUCAAGGGUCACCCGCUGUGCGGUUUCUGCGGAUCCCGGUUCUACGACGACGACAAGCUCUUCGACCACUGCCGCGAGAAGCACGAGAGAUGUUUCCUCUGCGACCGGAGGGACUCGCGACACCCUCAUUACUUUGUUAAUUACAACGCCUUGGAGAAGCACUUUGAGAAGGACCACUUCCCGUGCCUCGACAAAGAAUGUCUGGAGAAGAAGUUUGUUGUUUUCGAGUCGGAGAUGGACUUGAAGGCCCACCAACUAGCAGAGCACGCCAACUCCUUGUCCAAGGACGUGCGGAGGGACGCAAGAGUGGUCAACAUGUCCGGCUUUGACUACAGGCCAUCAUAUGAAAACGAGAGGAGAGGCGGCGGCGGCGGCGGAGGAGGAGGUGGUGGUGGUAGAGACGGCGGCGGUCCUUCUGGCGGGCGCCAAGGGCGUGGCCGUGGCCGUGAUCCCAAUGCCGAGCCCAUCCCGCAGAGCUCUGCGCAACCCCUACGUCGCGACGAGAUUGCUUUUCAGAGACAGAUGGCAAUUCACUCGGCGCAAUCUGUCUCCAACCGAACCUUUGGCGGCUCUCUCUCCACGCCCUCGGCAACGACGCCGUCAACCUCGUCCCGGCGGGGCAAUGCGACGCCCUCGGGAUCGUCACGCCAGGCACCUGCAGCCACAUCAAGUGCCGCCCAUGCCCCUGCUCUGCCGACUGCCGAGCUCGAGCAGCUUACCGUUACCGAUAUCGCAUCGCUACCCCCCCAGGAGCGGGCGGCGAUGCUGCGCCACCAAGGAGUCAUUGAGCGCGCCUCGAACCUACUCGGCCACGACCAGACCAAGAUGACGGCGUUCCGCGAGUACAUCUCAAAUUUCAGAAAAGGUAAGCUCACCGCUCCUCAGCUGGUUGAUGCCUUCUUCUCCCUGUUCGCCGACACAUCUUCCAACGCUUUGGGGACACUGGUCCGCGAAGUUGCCGACUUGUUCGAGGACAAGUCCAAGGCCACAGCUCUGCACAAGGCCUGGCAGGACUGGAGAGCCAUCAACGAGGACUACCCGUCUCUGCCCGGCCUGGGCGGCAUGCAGGGCGCCACCACCGCCUCCAGCGGCUGGGCCAGCGCAGCUUCUCCCUCUCCUACCGCCCCCGCCGCCGCGCCCAACCAGAAGCACUCGAACCGUGUUCUGCGUCUUAAGAACAGCACCCGCGCCGGCGCUUCGGGACCCAAGCCGGUGACGUCGUCCGCUUCGAGCAGCUGGGUCGCAUCAUCGCCCGCGGUGCGCCCCCCAGCAUCGUCCGCCUUCCCUGCCCUCCCUGCCGCUUCCUCGUUGCCAUCGUCGAGUGCGGCCCGACCGUCCUGGAUCGGUCCGAACAACCCGUCUUCAGGCACCAGCAAAUCAGCCGGCUCGGCAGGUCCGUCGGGCGCAGCGCCUGGUGGCGGCCGCCCGCCGCCGUCGUCUGCUUUCCCCGCCCUGCCCCCGGCUCAGAAGCCUCUGACUACAAUCUUCGGCUACGGGUCAGGUAGAGGCGUGCGGCGUGACCUCGGGGGCGCGGCCAGCAACUUCAGCUGGGGGUCGACUCCGGGCAGUGGCGCGGCGAGCACGGACGCGUCGGAGAAGGAGGACGAGGGGGCCGGCCAGAGUGCCGGCGGCAAGAAGAAGAAGGGCAAGAAGGUGCUUGUUCAGUGGGGUUAA